UUCUGUGCAGAUUAUGGUUAAGAGUUUGUGUUCAAUGUAUGUUUUUUUUCACCACAACUAUUAUGUAUCUUGACUUUUUGUUGCAUGUAGGAAUUUUAAUUGGAUCUAUUCUACUCUGUGCCAAAAAAGUCUCAUCCUAAACAAUUAAAGUGUGAUUUGCCAUUAACAAGAGGAAAUCAUUAGAAUCAGGUAAUGCACUUAGUUACUGCUCCGUUUGAAGUUUGGAUGUUCAAAAGAUGUGGUGAAUACAGUGAUGUACAACAGUGAUUAGACAAAGUCUUAAGUUUGAUUUUAAAGUAAUCAAUUUUUUAAUCAGAUUCAUUUGGAAGGAAUUAACAAAGAGUUUGAUCAAUUAUUUUGUCAAAAACUUCAUAAAUUUUCAUAUUUUUUUUUAGUAUACUACAAGUAUGCAAAAUUUUCAAUUGAAAUGGAUUUUACACCGUGGAAUAGCUUUUAGGUAGAAUAUAAAUGAACAAAUGUGAACAAAAUAGAUGAUUGCAUGUCAAGGGAAAAUUUAGCUUGUUAGUCUGAAACACAUGUCAAAAGGGACAUUAAUCUACAAACUUGUACAAAGGCUAGACAUUUAAACCUCUAAGGAACUACAUUUUAAUCAGUAUAUGUUUUUUGAUUAGUAAAUGGACGUGGAUAAGAGGUCUGUACUUAUCAAUAGUUAUGAAUUGCAAAGGAUUAAAAUUGCAAAGUCAGAAUAAGUCGGGAUAGAAAUAUUUUAAAAAGAGAAAAAUAACAGCGUAUUUUAACUUCUUUCCGUUGGGAUAAGAAGGAUUGAAAUAACUUAACCAAUAGGUAAAAAUCAUGAAGUGGAAACGAUUAAAGCGUUGUGUUAUGUUAAAGAAUUAAUUUGGGAUUAACGUCAACAAUCAAUGGAGAAGAAGAAUGGUCAAAAACUUAUUAAACAUGUGAAAGGACUGUUCAGUGAGAAGUGUAAAUCUACAGGGAGCAUAGAGUUUGUAUUUCCUCCGUGCAAAAAUGAGAAUGCGGAUAUGUGUUGGAUUUCAAACAGCAUGGCAAAUGUUCAGUUUAAAAAAUUGGGUGAAUCCUCAACAAUGCCUAAAAUAAAAAAGAAACAUAAGAAAACAUCUCCAGAAUGGCUAACCAUGGCCAGGCACACAAAUCGAAGUAGCCUGAGAGAAAAACUACAAGAGGAAUUUCUAUCCUGUAAGAUAUGCUUAGAGCCAUUUAUUAGACCAAAGGCAUUACCGUGUUUGCACAGUUUCUGUGAAGCAUGCCUCAAAGACUAUGUUCGUAGACAUCCAGGUGAACGACCAGGACAUUUUCCAUGCCCUAUGUGUAGAAAAGACACAAAGAUUCCCCCAGGUGGGAUAAACGAUUUUCAGGAUAAUUUUGUUCUGCUUAGUUUAAGUGACACUCUUGAAGAGGAUGAUGUAGAAACGUGGAACUUAAAUCAUUCUGGGAGUUUUAACCAAGGAACAAGCCACUUUUCACCUCCAAAGCCAUUGGCACCUUUGACGCCACAAGAACAAUAUCUAAGGACAUAUGAUUGGUAUUUUGGCAAGGUGAGCCGGCAUGCUUCAGAAGAAUGGUUGUUGUCACCAGGUUAUCCGAAAGGUACAUUCCUUAUUAGACAGGGAGAGGCUGCUCCAGACACGUAUACUUUAUCUGUUAGAGACUGUGAUGAACUUAGAGGCUUUUUAGUCAAACAUUAUAAAAUUCAUAAAGAAACCAAUAAUGAUGGGUUACCUUGUAUAGAAUAUUAUUAUAUUACUCCAAAACGACGGUUCCGGUCCUUACAAGAUUUAGUCACACAUUAUAAAGAGUCACCUGAUGGGUUGUGCUGUAAACUGUUACAAGCUUGUUUAAAGCCACGAUCAUUAUUGUGGGCAUUUGAACGAGGAAACCCUGAUGAGUUCCAUACUGAGAGGGAGUCUAUAGUUUUAAUUAAGAAACUCGGCAGUGGGCAGUUUGCUGAGGUCUGGUUAGGUUCAUGGCAUGGUUCUCGACAAGUGGCUGUUAAAAUUCAGAAGAGGGAUGCCGUAACGACGUCUGCAUUCUUGGAUGAAAGUCAAAUUUUAAAACAAUUACAGCAUAUAAAUGUGAUAAAACUUUUAGCAGUGUCUAGUGAAACUGAACCAAUUUAUAUAUUAACAGAAUAUAUGCCAAAUGGACGAUUAUCGAUGUAUUUACGGGAGGGAAAGGGGAAAGAUCUGUCAGUGACACAGUUGUUGUGGAUUGCUGCACAGAUUGCUGAGGGCAUGUGUUACAUGGAAAAGGAAAAAUUUGUACAUCGGAACCUUGGUGCAAGAAAUAUACUUGUUGGGGAGGGUAAUAAUGUAAAAAUAGCCGGUCUUGGAAUGACUAAAGUUGUUGAUGAUCCUGAUUUUAAUUUCAGAAGAGGACUGAAGAUGGCAAUCAAGUGGAUGGCACCAGAAGUACUACUGUGUAACAAAUACAGUACCAAGGCUGAUAUAUGGUCAUAUGGAAUUGUCCUCAUAGAAAUCUUCACCUACGGAAAGGAACCUUAUGAAGGUAUGGGGUCAAAGGAAGCUUUUGAACUAGUGCAGAAAGGUUAUAGAAUACCGAAACCAGACAUUUGUCCGCGAGAGGUUUAUGAUGUUAUAUUAUCAUGUUGGAAUUGUAAUCCACCUCCACGGCCUUCAUUUGACUUCUUAAACACAUUUUUACACGACUAUCAGCCGACAUCAUGACAUAGGACUCUAUUAAUUGCUUGAUACUUAGUGUUUUGGCAGGUUUUUGCUGAAAUAUUUUUUAUGUGUUCAAAAUACAUAGAGGCAGGGUACAUAGCCAGGAAUACUGCCACAAAUGUGAAUAUAUUGGGCUAUUCAAGACAGUGCUGUUGGAAAGGAAUCAGAGAGCCGUAACUGUUUUUUGUUAUUGGUUGUAGAUGUUUGGUUAGAUAUGUGCUUAUUUGGUGCAAAAGGCUGCCAGUGUGGGAAGAAAGACAACUUAAGUUGAUACACUUGAUCUUUUUUUAGAAAGAAAUUUAUUGGUUUUUCAGUUUUCUUCCAUCUCUCUUCUUCAUUAAAUCAAUAAAUGAAAUGUCUUUGAUGAAAUGCUCAUAAGUUUAAGCAGAUAUGUUCAUGCCUAUCACAUAAUGUAAAACAUUCAGUCAUGCAUUCUACUGUGAAAAAAAAACAACCCAAACAAUUAGUUAAAAAAAUACAUUUAAAUUGAUGUAAGAGUUUGGUAUUCAAAUAUAUUAAAGCAUACUUUUAUUAUAUGGAAAGCUUUGUUUUGUUAUUUAAAAAAAUGUUGGAAAAUUUUAGUAGUGUUAUACUAAAAUUAAUUCUCUUUUUUUUGUGUACUCAAUAGAACCUUAAAAUAUUGCUGCAAGGGAAAAGUUUGUGUUCGGUUUAUAUAACAGAGUGAUACGUACCUAGGAAAAACAUCAUCAUGGAAAGUAAUCUUAAUCUGCAGCUUUGCCUAGCCCAGUUGCAUUCACCUCUACAGAAAAAUGACUUUUAAGGCUCCUAUUUUUUAUUAUCACAUUGAAUUCUAUGGUUUCUUAUAGCAAAAAAAGAAACACAUGAGAAUGCCUUAUUUAUGUAAGACUUAUACCAGAGUUUGAGGUUUUUAUGGUAAAUUCUUCUUUACCCACUUUUACUUUUGAAACUUAAAGGUUAGUCCAUCUUUUUUUCUCUCACCUAUAUCAGUCCUGUGGUUGCUUUUAAAAUAAGGGUUGGAUACUGGAAAUAAACUUUUUUUAUGUUUCCAUAGCAUGGGCAUUGAAAACAAAGUAUUGUUUCAAUUGAUUUUUUUUUGGGUGUGCUAAUGGAUAUUAUUGAUUAAUAAAUUAAUUUUCAAAAGUAACAAUAUGAAAGAAAAUCUUUUUCCCUUGGUAUGAUCAAUUAUUUACGUGUGCAAUGUAUAUAGAUUGUAAAGAAGUGAUAAGAGAAUGUUCUACAGGCAGCAGUUACAAAACUUAUAUAAUGGAGUAUGUGUUUAAUAUAUACAAGUGCUGUUUUUUUCUUUGGAUGAAUUUGUUUAAUUAGUAUUAUCUGAUUUUUGAUUUAUCAAUAUUUUUCUCAGAUCCAUAUGUUUUAAUUAUGUAUGUUUAUGGGGUUAAAAAAGCUGUGUAAUUAUUUACUGUCUUUUUGAUCAUGCAUGCAGUAAUGCUGAAAAUGAAAAUCAAUAUUUAUGUUUUGCAUGACGAGGGAUAUUCUGUAAAUAAUGAUAUUGGGUGUCAAAAGGCAUCCCCUAUAAAAUUUUAUGGGUAGUAGGAACUUUGCCCACCAUAGAAUCUGUUAGAAAUCACAAGGUGUUGAAUCAAAGAAAAAGAUCCUUUUGACUCCCAAAUUUAUUCAUUUCUGGAUAAGCCCUGAAAUAAAUGUUAUUUUGAUAAAUGAAUCAUGUUUAAAUUAAAGCAUCACAUGAAUUUAAUAUUGAUACUUAAUAUUGGUACAUUUGUAUAUGUGUUAAUGAGCAUACAAACUUGUAUUUUAUUCUCAGUCAAACAGCCAGUCAAUUUUAGACAAAUUUUCUCUUGGUCUUAUCAAUUAUUUACUUGUUCAAUGUAUAGAUGCAAAACAAGUGAAUUGUAUAGGCUCAUGUAGCUAUAAAUAGAGUCACAAGGGACACCGCUGUAUGAAAUGACCUAUCAAUUAGGGGUUACAUCAACUAGCUUGUACAUAAAGAGAUCAAAAUUAAAUAUUCAUAAAUGAUCAUAGUUAUGAUGUUGUUUGAAAUAAGAAAAUUAAAACAUCCCAUUUAUGACUUGAUCUUUGAAGUUUGUUUCAUGUAUUCAAAUUUAAGAGCAUGAAACAUAAAGUUUCUGAAUUGUGAAGCAUUUGGGAAUUUAAAAAUUUCUAUUUCUGAUUUAAGAAAAGUGUUCCUGGUCUACAGUCCAUUGAUAACUAAGACAAAUACCUAUAUAGCAUUGUUUUUAUAUCUGUAAAGUAUAUUUUGUAAUUUUUCAAACUAGUUUUAAGGAUUACAGGCAAAAAUAUUUUAUUCUAUCAUUUUUCAAUUUCAUUAAGAACAUUUCCUUGAAAUGUACAGUCUUUGAAUUUUGAAGGUGCAACUAUAUUAAAGAAAAAUACCCAAAUUAUUCAUUCAAAUUCUGUCUUAAUUCUGUUUGGCUUGUGUAGAAAAUUUUAACUGUGACAAAGAUUUUUCUUGGUAAAAUGCUCUUAAAAAACCCAACUGACUGGUUUCAGUACAAGUUUUAUGACUUAUCAUUUUGUUAUACUCACUGUAAACUGUUGCGGUGUAUUCUUGCAAUUUCAAAGGCCAAACCCUUUUGCAAGAUUAUAUUUUACAUUUUUGUUGUUUUUGAUUGCAAUCUAUCUUAAGAUUAAGUUUAUGGGGGGUUGUCAGUUAUUUUUCAUGAUUUUAUAAUAAUUGCAAAAUUAGCAAAAAUAAACCCCUCAUGUAAAUUUUCCACUUUACAAUAACGGACAAUUUAAAAUGUAUAGAUGUUCUAAAAAAAGUAACAUUUGAGCCAUUGAGGUACUAUAUGCAUAUAAAUUGUUAAAGGUGUUUCGUGUCUAGACCAUACUUAAAAAUUUAAUUAUAUGUUCCCCUUAAGAGCCCAAUAUAAUUUUUUCACGAAUCAAUUCUUGGUUAGAAAAUAUAACAGGGAACAGAAAUAAUGAAUAAAAUAUGAGAAUAUUUUAUGUAUAAUUUACCUAUUAUAUUAUGUCAUUUUCGUUUUUGGUAAUUGUAUAUUUCAUUCAAAAAAUAAAAAAUAUACAAUGCAGCUUUCAGGAUGAUAUAAUAUGGUAUACAUUUAACAAUUGUUCUGUCUGUUAUUGAGGAUGAUAUAUUAUAUGGUAUACAUUUAGCAAUUGUUCUGUCUGUUAAUGAAACACAAUAAUUAGACUUCCUUGUCUACUGGUGUUUCAACUUGAGUGCUUAUUGUGACGUCAUAGUUUUGGUUUCGGUAUGUAAAUUCUGAAUUUGUUUAAUUUUAAAGUUACUAACAGAAGGCAAUCCGUGUUGAGAAUAUGGAUUUACUUUAUUUCAAAAUAAAAUAUUUGGUUAAAGGGGCAAAUUGAAUGAUUAAUUGUAAAACUUUUUAAUUUAAAAUAAAAAGAUUUUAGCAGUAAAUUUACAAAAAACAGUUUACAUUUAGGCAAAGGAAAAAAUGUGUAGGCCCUCAUGGAGUUUUCUGUUCCUUUUCUGAACUACAGAUUGGAUUGGUGGAUAUUGUGGUAUAUAAACAGGGAACAGGUUUUGAUAUUCAGACUUUACUUACUUUUCAUUGUUUUGAAAUUUAUUGUGUUAUAGAAGCUUGUAUUACCUGUUUUUAUGGUUGAAACAAUUUGAUGUACAUAUUUAAUAUGUAAUUAAUUAUUUUUGUCUGUACAUUUCUUGUACAUAUCAUUUGUAUAUCUUUGUAAGAAUUUGUAAGUAAAAUGUUUUCUUUUGUCAAAUUUUAUGAAUAGAUUUUAUAGAACUGUUUUGUAAAGAAAAAUCUUUUAAUGAAUUAAAUCUCUUUUUCUUUCUGCCAAAUAUACAUUCUAGCAGGCUAACUUCUUUUUGUUCAUUGUACAUAUUUGUAUUUUUUAUUUUUUUACUUCUCAGAAUACGAACAGUUAGUACAAAACUUCAAUCUUUACAGCGGCUAAACCAGGUAUAUAAUUUUCAAUUAUUGAUAGAUAUAAGAAAAUUUUGUAGGUUGUAUUUUUGAAUUUUUAAACUUUUUAUGCAAAAAAAAUGUUGUUUUAGGCUUAUAUCCGGUUUUCAACAAAAAUAUUUAUAGAAUAGUAACUUUUUUUUAAAAAGUUUGUAUAAGCUUCCACUGUCCAUAAAUGUUUCCUUCAAAAAAUAGUUUGGUUUUUGUGUGAUGUUUUGUCUGUGAAAGUGCUACUACAUUUGUGAUGGACUGUCAUAAUGCUAGUUAAUUGUUACCCGUUGAAAGGUGUCUGCUUUUGAUAACAUAUGUUUUCUACAGCAAUCUCAACAUAUUUGUGUAUUUUGUACGAAUUUAUCACAUUUUAGGCCAGUUUUCAUUUCAUUUACAUGUUAUUUACAAAUCAAUUUUGGCAUUAUAUGUCUCAUUGUUUGAUCGAAAAAUAAAUCACUAACAAAUAAUUUUUUGUUCUUUUGUGUAUGGGCAUUUUUUAUAAAUACAAAUUCUCAUUUUGAAAAUGAGAAGUUCUUUUGUUAAGAUUAAUAAUAAUAAAUUUGCUGAAUGAAAUAAGUGGGAAAGAUAAAUAUGACAUAUUUGUUAUUUUGCUGAUUUCAGUAUUAAGCAAUAUGGUAUAAGCAUGAUUUAUCUAAGAAAUAGCUUAUGAAAACAUUUUUCACAUUUGGAUGGGAUAACUAAAUUUUACUAAUUCACUUUUUUAAGGAAAAUUUUGAACAAAUAAAUGAGAAAAUCAAAAAGUGAUUGUGGUCUUCCAAAAAAAUGUGAGCACCUAAGCAAAUCAAAUUAAAGUUGUUUUCCUUGAAUAUAUUUUGUUCAACUUUUAAAUAGAUCAUUCAUAAAAUAACAUUUUUUUUUAACGGACCUCAGUUUCAUUAUUAUUAUACCACAAUGUAUAUUUUUCAUAAAAAUGUAUUUAUAACUGCGAUAAAAAUUAAAGAUUUCAGUAUUAGUGCUUUAAUUGUAUGAAAUCAUGUCCAUCUACAAGAGUCCAAAAUUGCCAUGAAUGUCUUUUAGAGGAUUUGUAAUAAAAAUAAGCAGCAAGAGCUCUUUUAAAGAAAAAAUCCUAGAACAUGUAUAAUUGAUUGUAAGUUUUACUGAAAUGUUCAAGACUUAUGAUUAUAUUUGUUGUCGUAAGAUUUUUUUGGUGAAAUGAGUCACUUGUCUUUUGCUAACUAAAAUAUUAUAAAUUGAUGAUCGUUAACAAAUUUACUAAUUUCAUGCUAGUGUCUGGAUUGAUUUUUAGCUACAAGAUCAAAUUUAUAAAAGGGAGAAAUUGAAAAUAGUCUUCUUAAGUAUAGCUAGAUGAAACGGUAUAAAAAUAAAUACAUUCUUUGGAAAUUAAAAAAAUUUCAUUUUCAAAUUUCAAAACAUUAGUAUUAAUAUUUUAAAGAUAUAUUAAAUUAAAUAAAUUGAAAUCUUAGUAAAUAAAAAUAAAUUUUGAAAAUAAUGAAAACAGUGUCUUAAUGAAGAAUAUCAGAUUCCUUACAAUUUAUCAUACAUGGUAUUUUUGGACUUGUUUAAUCGUCAUAUUCAUAUUUUCCAAAGCUGUGUAUAAUCUUUACAAGGUUGUAAAUUAUGAUUCUUAGUUGUACGACCUAUAAUUUUUUAGCUUUUGUUUUUGUUGACAGUUAUGAAAUCACUUAUGCACGGUGAUCUUCUGUUGUUGCUGUUUACUUGUUUUUUUGGUGCCCUUUUGUGACAAAAAGAGCAAUAAAUAUCAAAUAUAAAACUUA